AUGGAUCCAGUUUUGGUGUUGGUGUUUAGUCUCUCCUGUCUGGUUCUCCUCUCACUCUGGAGACAGAGCUCUGAGAGAGGGAAGCUCCCUCCUGGCCCAACUCCUCUCCCACUUAUUGGCAAUUUCCUCCAAAUAGAUCUGAAGGACAUCAGUGGAUCCUUGACUAAGUUCUCAAAAGUCUAUGGCCCCGUGUUCACCCUGUACCUGGGCACGAAGCCCACUGUGGUGCUGCAUGGGUAUGAAGUAGUGAAGGAAGCUCUGGUUGACCAUGGGGAGGAGUUUGCUGGAAGAGGAAGCUUACCUAUGGCAGAAAGACUUAAUAAAGGUCUUGGCAUUAUUUUUAGCAAUGGAAGUGGAUGGAAAGAGACAAGGAACUUCACACUCAUGACUCUGAGGAAUCUGGGCAUGGGCAAAAGGAGCAUUGAGGACUGUGUUCAAGAGGAAGCACAGUGCCUUGUGGAGGAACUGAGGAAAACCAAAGGCUCACCAUGUGAUCCCACCUUGAUCUUGGGCUGUGCCCCCUGCAAUGUGAUCUGCUCAAUUAUUUUUCAGAAUCGUUUUGAUUAUAAAGAUCAGGAUUUUCUUACCUUUAUGGCAAAAAUAAAUGAGAAUAUCAGGAUUCUGAGCUCGCCCUGGUUGCAGGUCUGCAAUAAUUUCCCUUCAUUAAUUGACUAUUGUCCAGGAAGUCAUCACACAAUAAGAAAAAAUGUCAAUUAUCUCACAAGUUUCGUUUUGAAGAAAAUAAAAGAACUCCAGGAAUCAUUGGAUGAUGCAAAUCCUCGGGACUUUAUUGAUUAUUACCUGAUUAAAUUAAAGCAGUCAAACCACAAUCAAGAAUCUGAAUUUUCACUUGAAAAUCUGGCAACCACUGUGAGGGAUCUGUUUGCUGCUGGGACAGAGACAACAAGCACAACCCUGAGAUAUGCUCUCCUGCUCCUGCCGAAGCACCCACAUGUCACAGCUAAAGUCCAGGAAGAGAUUGAUCAAGUGCUCGGCAGAGACCGAAGCCCCUGCAUGCAGGACAGGAGCCGCAUGCCCUACACAGAUGCCACGAUUCAUGAGGUCCAGAGAUUCAUAGACCUGGUCCCCACCAACCUGCCCCAUGCGGUGACCUGUGACAUUAAGUUCAGGGACUACUUCAUCCCCAAGGGAACAACGGUAAUAACAUCACUGUCAUCAGUGCUGCAUGACAGCAAGGAAUUCCCCAACCCAGAGGUAUUUGACCCUGGACAUUUUCUAGAUAAGGAUGGAAACUUUAAGAAAAGUGACUACUUCGUGCCCUUUUCAACAGGAAAACGGAUGUGUGCAGGAGAAGGCCUGGCACGCAUGGAGCUGUUAACCACAUGCCGGCCAGCAGGUGGCACAGCACGUCUAUCUAGAGUAGGAUCUGACUCAUCAGGCAGGUGGCUGUGCCCAUGGCUAGAGUUGAAAGCCUUCCCCUGCCAGGGUCUGGCCGCAGAUGGCGGCAGCAGGUGUAGACAGCUAGCUAAAGUGAGUGCCCGGGAGAAUUCUCCCAGGCAGCAGGAGGGCCAGACAAAGCCAGGCCGGGUCUCCUGCGGGUGGGCAGCUCUCACGGGGCGGGAAUCAGAAGUCCCAGUGGCGCGAUUAGGCACGAGCCCUGCUUUCGCGGCUGAGCCGCGGCAUGCACUGGCACCGGCGCCUGCGGGAAGUGGAGGAGUCCGGUCUGCAAGCGGGUGGGUUGGCGAGCAGGCGUAUCUCACACCGACACCGCGGCGGGAGUCAGGCUGCACCGGGGCCCGGGGGGAGUAG